GCUCACCUGUAGCAGGUGCACAGUCUCGGGAGCUGCGGGGACAGCAGCCGGCUCUGCAGGGGUGAUAAGAUGGUGCGGGAGCGGACGGUGCGGCUGCUGUACGGUAGCCGCGUGGAGGCGGUGUACGUGCUGGGCACGCAGCUCUGGACCGAUGUCUACAGUGCAGCCCCCGCAGGGGCCAAAACCUUCAGCCUGAAGCACUCAGAAGGUGUGAAGGUAGAGGUGGUGCGUGAUGGGGAGGCCGAGGAGGUGGUCACCAACGGCAAGCAGCGCUGGGCCCUCUCUCCCACCACCACAUUGCGGCUCAGCAUGGCCCAGGCCAGCACAGAGGCCAGCAGCGACAAGGUCACAGUCAGCUACUAUGAGGAGGAGGGCAGCGCCCCCAUUGACCAAGCUGGGCUCUUCCUCACAGCCAUUGAGAUCUCGCUGGACGUGGAUGCAGACCGGGAUGGCGAGGUGGAGAAGAACAACCCUAAGAAGGCGUCCUGGACCUGGGGUCCCGAAGGCCAGGGGGCCAUCCUGCUGGUGAACUGUGACCGAGACACACCCUGGCUGCCCAUGGAGGACUGUAGUGAUGAAAAGGUCUACAGCAAGGAAGACCUCAAGGACAUGUCUCAGAUGAUCCUGCGGACCAAAGGUCCUGACCGCCUGCCCGCUGGGUACGAGAUAGUCCUGUAUAUUUCCAUGUCGGACUCGGACAAAGUGGGCGUGUUCUACGUGGAGAACCCCUUCUUCGGCCAACGCUACAUUCACAUCCUGGGCCGGCAGAAGCUCUUCCACGUGGUGAAGUACACGGGUGGUUCUGCGGAGCUGCUGUUCUUCGUGGAAGGCCUCCGCUUCCCCGACGAGAGCUUCUCGGGCCUGGUUUCCAUCCACGUCAGUCUGCUGGAGUAUAUGGCCGAGGGCAUCCCACUGACACCCAUCUUCACAGACACUGUGACGUUCCGGAUUGCACCGUGGAUUAUGACCCCCAACAUCCUGCCUCCCGUCACAGUGUUUGUGUGCUGCAUGAAGGACAAUUACCUGUUCCUGAAAGAGGUGAAGAACCUGGUGGAGAAAACCAGCUGCGAACUGAAAGUUUGUUUCCAGUAUAUGAACCGCGGAGACCGCUGGAUCCAGGAUGAAAUUGAGUUUGGCUACAUUGAGGCACCCCACAAAGGCUUCCCGGUGGUGCUAGACUCCCCUCGAGAUGGAAACCUGAAGGACUUCCCAAUUAAACAGCUCCUGGGCCCGGAUUUUGGCUAUGUGACCCGGGAGCCUCUCUUUGAGAAAGUCACCAGCCUCGACUCCUUUGGGAAUCUGGAGGUCAGUCCCCCAGUGACGGUGAACGGCAAGGCGUACCCUCUUGGCCGGAUCCUCAUCGGGAGCAGUUUCCCUCUGUCUGGAGGCCGGAGGAUGACCAAGGUAGUGCGUGACUUUCUACAGGCCCAGCAGGUGCAGGCGCCCGUGGAACUCUACUCUGAUUGGCUGACUGUAGGCCACGUAGACGAGUUUAUGACCUUCGUCCCCAUCCCAGGCACGAAGGGGUUUCGGCUGCUCAUGGCCAGCACCUCAGCCUGCUACCAACUCUUCCGAGAGAAGCAGAAGGAAGGCCACGGGGAGGCCGUUAUGUUCAAGGGUCUGGGGGGCAUGAGCGGCAAACGCAUCACCAUCAACAAGAUCCUGUCCAACGAGAGCCUCUCGCAGGAAAACCAGUACUUCCAGCGCUGCCUGGAUUGGAACCGUGACAUCCUCAAGAAGGAGCUGGCACUGACUGAGAGGGACAUCAUUGACCUGCCUGCUCUGUUCAAGAUGGAUGAAGACCGCCAGGCCAGAGCUUUCUUCCCUAACAUGGUAAACAUGAUCGUGCUGGACAAGGAACUGGGCAUCCCCAAACCUUUCGGGCCCCAGGUGGAGGAGGAGUGCUGCUUGGAGACACAUGUUCGAAGUUUGCUGGAGCCCCUGGGCCUUGCCUGCACUUUCAUUGAUGACAUCUCUGCCUACCACAAGUUCCUGGGGGAGGUGCACUGUGGCACCAACGUCCGCAGGAAGCCCUUCACCUUUAAGUGGUGGCACAUGGUGCCCUGACUGGCAGGGGCCCUGGCCUACCCUCCUCCCCUGUAAUCACCAGGUCCUUCCUGUGCCCCCAAGUCCUUCCCUUUCAAGAAGUGGGUGGGAUUGGGGGUACUUGUGCCUUGCUGUCCCUGGAAAGGGCCUCGGUGUCCACUGGAGUUUCCCCCCAGUAAGCCCAACCAUCCCCCCUGAAAAUUGCUGGACACAUGGCUGGUGUGCAGAGCUCUGGCAGGGAAAACCAGAUUUCAGCAAAUCGUGUAGCCAGACCGUUCCUCAAGAAUCCUCAGCCUCUACUCUAGAUGAGAAUGAAGGGAGAGAGAAAGGAGACCCUGGGGUGAUUGGCUUUCCCAGCACCUGCUCUUCUGUUCAAGGUAGACCCCAAGGACGGGACCAGGGUCCUGGUAUACCUUGAAUGGCACCCUCACUUCACGUUCGCCUCCCUCGGGGCUUCGUGGUGGCUCCCUCCAACCACUCAUUCCUCACCAUCUUCCUGCACACGCAGAGUCCCCCGCCGCCUGAGGGUCCAACCAUUCUGCUUAGAAUCUUCUGGAAAUAAGUCUUAGCCGAAGAGAGUUCUUCACUCACUGUGGAUGCAGGCUGCCCUCCCCAGACUAGCAUCCGUGGUCCAAAGUUCAGUAUGUAAAGAUGCUCUCCCCUGUUUCUCUUGCCUGGUCCUCAAUUCUCUGACCAGUCCAUGGGCCCCUCUUCCCACCAUUCUGCCUAUUCUGGACCCUGUCCCCUCCAGACAGCUACAUAGUUUCUUCACCACCAGCCAGAUGUAGGCCUCCCUGGAGCUUAAGAAAUGACCUAUCCCUCCUCUCGAAGGUUGGCCUCAAUGUCUAAGGAUGCUGGUCAGGCUCCAGCCUCAGCCAUGGGUUCUCGGCCAGCUACUGCUCUGGAGGUAGAAUUCUCCAGCACACUUUCCAAAGUCCUUCCAUCCAGACACAGGCAAAUGUAUCCCCUCUGCUUCAGUUAGAAAAGCCCCAGGAGCUGGAGAGGCCCACAAUCAAGAGUGCUUGCUGCUCUUGGAAAGGACCCAAGUUCGGUUCCCAGAACACAUAACUGUCUGUAACUCCAGAUCCAAUGGACACAGUAGCCUUUCUGGCCCCUGAGGGGCACUGCACACCUGUGCACAAACUCAUAUACAUACAUAAAAAUAAGAUUUGUAGGGUCUGGAGAGAGGGCCCAGUGGUUAAGAGCACUGGCUGCUCUUGCAGAGGACCUGGGUUCAGUUCUCAGCACCCACAAUGGUGCCUCUCAACCACCUCUUAACUCUGGUUCCAGGGGAUCUAAUGCUCUCUUCUGACCUCCAUGUACUUCUGCACACUCAGGCACACACACAUAUGAGUAAAAUAAAUAAUAUUUAAAAAUGAAAAAUAAAUUAUUUAAAUAAAGAAGGUCCUUUAGGGCCAGGAAUAUAAGAAAUAUUAGUUCUACUUUGAAGGGUUAAACAGCCCCAUGUUAUAACCGAAGAAAGGGUUACCGUCUUGCAUUUUUAGGGGAACAGGAUUUUUACCUUGGAUUACUUCCUCAGCUAUGCAACCAACAUGGGUUGCAUGCUACUGAGCAACAGGCACAGACUUGGGCUCCGACAGCACAAACUAGCUAUAGACUUGGUGUGUCCCCUUCAAACAAAAUACACCUUUGCUGUGGUGUGCUCUUUAGAAACACUUCCCCAUGUACUGAAGAAGCACCCAGGACACCAGUCACUGCCUUGAAGAAAUAAGGGUGUCUUCUGUAAACAGAGCCCCCUUUCCGUCCAGCUGGGCCUACAGCACCAUGUCAGGUCAGGCCCCACAGCCGCCAAAGCUGGGGUCAGUGGUCCCUGCCUUUGAAACACAUGCCCUUCUGAGGGAGCUGAUCUGGGCAAGUGGAGUUUGUCAUGUGUGGUGUUCAGUUAGAGGGCUUUGUGGCUUUUAUUUUUAUCUAUGGUAAGGGGAAGUGAGUGCCUCCCUCGUGGAGGCCGCUUGUCUUUGUAGAUUGUGCUAUGAUUCUCCCUGGCAGCCAUGGCUGUUUCAGAACUUUCUGGAACUCCUGGACUGAGACACUGCCUGUCCUAUGACACUUACCCACCCAGUGUGACUCCCCCCUCAGUGUGACUCCCCCCAGUGUGACCCCCCCAGUGUGAUGCUCCCCUGUGGACCCCUUGCUCUUCCCCACCCCCACUUUAACAUAGGCCUAGAUGCCUCUGGGCUGUACCAGUUCCUGUUUCAGGGUUGAUUUUGAAAUAUUCUGUGGGGGGCAGAGGGAUGGCAUGAAGAUGGCAAGAACUAGGCAGUUUCAACUUCUUGGAAAAGAAGCCAAGAUGGAGGCUGCAAAGUAUUUGGGAAGGAGCCAAAAUAAAGAGCAACAAAAUGAU